AUGAAGGCCAUCUCCGUCCUCCAGUCUUCGCUUUACGCCGUGGCUGGAUCUCUCAGCCUCUACUGCAUCUUUCUAUGUGCCCUCACCAUGCCUGUGGUCCAAGAUCAGGUGGUGUACCUUAACAAGGUGCGCAUGACCUGGUUUCAGGACGUCAACAUUCCCGAGCAAUGGGGCUUCCUCCACAACCAAGUGACGCCCUUCCACAUCAGCAGCUCCGACGGCGAGUCGCUGCAUUCAUGGCACAUCCUCCCGCUCGGCAUAUAUCGACGUCAUGCGGCAGAACUGGUCAGGGAAUCGUCCGGGGUCGCGAUCGCAGAUAUGACGAUCCGGCUUAGCUUCAAACUGUUGCGCGACGACCCCGACGCACUCCUCGUGCUCUACUUCCACGGCGCAGCAGGAACACUGGCCUCGGGCUGGCGCCCUCCCAGCUACCGGGCCCUUUCGGCAGCGGCACCCGACCGGAUCCACGUCGUCGCCAUCGACUAUCGCGGCUUUGGCACGAGCUCGGGCACGCCCUCCGAGGCCGGCCUGCAGACCGACGCGCAGGCACUGGUCGACUGGGCCGUACACGUGGCUGGAAUAUCGCCGUCGCGCAUCGUCGUGUUCGGGCAGUCUCUGGGGACGGCCGUGGCGGUGUCGCUGGUGCAGAGGCUGGCGGAGCAGGAGGCCCUCCUGUUCUCCGGCCUGGUCCUCGUUGCGCCCUUUGCUGAUGUCGCCCAGUAUGUGCCCCGUCUGCUGGCCUACCUCCAUACUCUCGUUCGAGCCAAGUGGCCGACGAGCGACAGGAUUGCCGACUUUGUGCGUCUCUGCGAAGCCAUGCCGACAAGUCCCAACGACGACAUCCGACGACAGCGCUAUCACAUCACCAUCCUGCACGCCAAGGACGACUACGGCAUCCCUUGGACGCACAGCCAGACGGUCUACUGGCAUGCGGUCAACGCGAGCACGCCGCUGGGCAUUGGCUACGACGACCUAGAGCGGGAAAAGGAGCAGGCGCAGACACGUCUGGGAGAGCAGGGCGGCUGGACCGUCACGCGGCGCACCGGGAAGGGCAUGCUCACACAGCAUGUUCUGCGACACGGCCUGCACGACCGCAUCAUGUCAAAUGUGGUCACUGUUGAUGCUGCCGUCGUAAAGCGCAAACAAAGCGCACGUGACCACACUCAGUACAGGAUCGCAUACGCCGAUGUCGGAAAGCUCACCGUUGUUCGUUCAGACCAACAGACAGCACAACGGUGCUGCCGUCUGUUGCUGCGAGAAACCCGAGAAAAUACCAUGGAAAUAGAUACAGACGUCGUUUCUUCCAGGGGGACGUCAGGUAAGCCACACGGCCCCAGGGGUGAAUAUGGCAUCGCCGACGACUCGUCGCCGUGGUCAUUGCCUGGAUCAAUCGAUCUAGACGAUCAAGACGGCUCGGACGACCCAGAUGAUGUCCAACGACUGCUCGGCGACGAUGCUCGGGGUACCGCACUUCCUCCGACUCCGCUUACGACUGCCCUGACCGGACGGCUCUACGUAUCGCAUUUCCUGUCGACCUGGAACUCGCGCAUGUUUGAGUUUGCCGCCGUGCUCUUCCUGGCCGCCGCCUUCCCGGGAACUCUGCGCCCGGUAUCCACCUAUGCUGUCGCGCGAGGCCUCUCUGCCGUCGUCUUUUCCGAGGCCGUCGGCACCGCCAUUGACCGUGGCGACCGUCUCGCAGUGGUGCGUGCUUCCAUCGUUGGUCAGCGCGUCGCCGUCAUCGCCAGCUGUGGUCUCUUCUGGCUUUUGCUGCGGGCCAAUCGUUCUGGCAGCGCUUCCUUGAUCUCUUCCUCCUCGCCAUCGUCCUAUCUCCUCAUACCCCUCGUCGUCACCGCCUGCGUCGAGAAGCUCUGCGCCAUCAUGAACCUCGUCGCCGUCGAGCGCGACUGGAUCGUCGUGCUGACCCGCGGCGACGAGCCUGGCCGCCGUCUCCUCAACGCCCGUAUGCGUCGCAUCGACCUUUUCUGCAAGCUCGCCGGCCCACUGGCCAUUUCUCUCGUCUCCGCCGUCUCCGUGACCGCUGCCAUUGUCGUCACACUGGCCGUCAACACCGUUUCCGUCCUGCUGGAGUACUACUGCAUUGCCAUGCUCUACUACCGCGUCCCCGAUCUGCGUCGGCGACAUGCCGCUGAUUUUGCUGCUGACUCAGCAGUCGACAACGACGCCUCCAGCUUGACGACAACCACCUCCACGUCCUCUUCGUCGCAAGUUGCCCUUGCAGCCAUCCAAACGGGCCUGCGCCAGCUGCUGCCCUUCUCGUCCCUUCCCUUUUACCUGCAUCACCCGGCCGUGCUGCCGUCCAUCUCGCUGGCCGUGCUCUAUCUCACCGUCCUCAGCUUCUCCGGCCAGAUGGUAACGUACCUGCUGUCUGUUGGCUACACCGCCAGUACCGUCGGCCUCGUCCGCACUGCCAGCACCGUGCUCGAGCUCAGUGCCACCUGGGCCGCCCCACUGCUGGUCGCACGCAUCGGCGAUGUCCGCGCCGGCAUCUGGAGCCUCUCGUGGCAGUCCAUCUGGCUGACGGCCGGCGUCGCCUGGUUUCUGACCCGCGGCGGGAUCGGCGAGGACUAUUCCCCGGCCAUCAGAAGUAUCAGCGUCAGCAGCCCUCUUCUGGCAGCCACUGGACUGGCCUUGGGCGUGGCCGUCAGUCGCGUUGGCCUCUGGAGCUUUGACCUCUGUGCCCAGAACAUUGUGCAGGAAGAGGUCGACGUCGACCAUCGCGGAUCCUUUUCCACGGCCGAGGCCGCCUUUCAGAACCUCUUUGAGGUGCUCUCCUACGUCAUCACCAUGGUCUUCCCGCGCCCCGACAAAUUCCACUGGCCUGUCCUCGUCAGCAUCGUAGCCGUGUACACCGCUGCCGCCCUUUACGCCACAUUUGUGCGCCAACGCCGCGGCCAUCUCUUCCACUCGCCGCUGCCACCAGCCCAGCGCUGGAUCGAUAAGACAUUCUUUCAUUCACACGAGCUAGGGAAUCGAUGA